AUGGAGAACCUCCUCCCAGUCGUUGCUGGUAUUGACGUGACUAGCAACCACUUUCGGGAGACGAGCUUGCCGUAUCAGCAAUGGGAGACAAAGCGGACACACCACACGCCGACAACACCCUCGGAAGUUGGUCACCUCCUGCCGCCGAUCGGGGGUCGGAAACCAAGGCGAGAUGAAAGCGGCAGCAGCCUACCGCCGAUUUCGCCAUACGUGGAACCCUCACUUCCAUGCCCGGCGCCGGUCGAUCGCAACCGAUCGGGUCUGUAUGAUCCAGCGCUGGACCCAAGCCCCAUUGGGAAGGAGGAAAGAGGAAAGGUGCAACCAGUGCGAAUCUCUCGAAUCGUACCACGCCAAGACUCAGGGCUGGGAGCCCUAGAACUGCAGGGAGCGGCACGAUCAGCGGAAGGUCCUCACAUUCCUACUGCAGUGACGGUACUCAACGGCCACAGGACUCAACACAUGAGAGAUCGCACGAGUGCACCAGCAGGAGAUUGUGCUUCUGCUGCUGAUGUUUUGUCUGAGGAUGAAGAAAGAUGCAUCGACGUCUUUGUGGAAGGGUUCUCGAGAGGUAUUGACCACGAGACCUUGCUUCCUUCAGAGAUGUUCUGCCGCGCACUACAACAUGGCAGUCAAGGGCCGCCAAAGCCAUCCUCCUUGAUACCAGAAGACUCGAGGCAUUAUCUGGACGUUAGAGAAGGAUAUCUCGGUCUGACCGUAUUCCUGGCCCGCACCAGUGAGUGGUCCGGCACCAUCGACGGUGGCGUUCAAGGCGAAAAACAAGAUGAACCCAUCGAACCUGGCAUCGGCGACGAGAGCGAUCGGGACGACAGAAAGCUUGCCACUGAGACGGAAAUCACCCAUAUGAUCUUUCAGCGCGAGGACGGUACACCGGCACCCUCGCGUAACGCUUUUCGGGUGCAGUUCGAACCCGGGCCACUGGGCGUGGAGCUGGAGGAAUACCCGGGCGAAAGGGGCAUUGUGCGGGUCCGGCGAGUGCUCCAGGCGGGACAGGCUGAGCUUGACGGUCGACUCUCUGCCGGGUGCUUGAUUGUAGCAGUGGGAGGUUGGGACGAAGCCAGUGCAAACGGCGCACUUCGUCCCAACACAGCCUCUGGAGCUGGGGCUGGUCAUGUUGCCCUAGACGGUGUCGACAUUUACGGCAACCUCGAUGUUCCCGCCCUGAGAUCGAGCGCAAUGGACGGCGGUUCCGGUGCCAAAUCACACGAGUCGGCGAUAAUUCGUUCCCUGGCCGACUUCGAAGAGGCCGUCUCGUGCCGAGAGCCCGAUAGACUUUUCGUGCUCUGGGCUCUCGAUCGACAUGCCCCGGAGGCGGUAGCUGCUCUAGGACCCCCCCAGGCUAACGGCGUCUGCACGGUGCCCCGUGGCUGGUCGCCGGCAUCUCUAUACUCGAGGCGAAGAAACGAGGGAGGGGGCAGAGCAAGGGGGGCGUUCCCUCCAGGCAGUGAAAGACAGCGACCAUUCGAAGCCUCGACAUCGCCAAAGUGGCAAGGAUAUGAGGAAACCGUACCAGCAGGAGCUCCCGGGUGGGAGACGGCCACAAGUUUAGCUCGCGGUAGAGACAGCCUCGGGUACUCCCUGUCGAGCGACAGACCGAAGUUGGCCUCGUCCCCUCGAAACCAAGCGUCGCACGCGGCAGGAGGAGGCCAGCUGCAGGCAGGCGGAGGGCAGCGUGAAGCCGAUCUGGCGACGUCGGCAUUUGGAUCUCCGAAAGAAGUCACUGGAAGCGAAAGAUUGGCAGCGGGAAUAGAUCGUCUAGGUUGGCCUAGCAGAGAGAGCGAAGGUGGUGCUCCUAGGUUCGGGGAGGGAGGGGCGAGGAGUGCACAAGGCUGGGAGUUUGAAACAGGCGGAGGCAUCUUCGACGACAGCGACCAGGGGUUAGCCGCGAGGAAACAUCCAGGAAGGAGCCAGGCCACCCUUGCACCAGCCGCAGCUCCUGCGGAUGAGACGGAAAAGAAGCUGCCAACGUUUCCCCUGGGACUCGAGUCAUCGGCAGUGGAUGACCUUGCCGUGUUCAUCUGGUUCUGCAACAACCACGAGUCUGCGGUGAUGAAGGUAUCGUGGAUCAACUACGACGGCAGGCGCGUUCCGCGGAGAUCGCUCGCACCGGGCGCCUGCUACUUCGAGCGUUCCUUCGCCACCCACCCCUGGGUGAUCGAGCACAGCGAUAGCAACCACUACGGCAACAGAAGCUUGCACGCUGGAGGACAGCAAGAAGAAAAGCGCGAGUCGACAGGCAGCGGAGCUCCCGCGCCCUUGCAACCUUCUCCUCCACGAGAAGCAGGAGACGACGACGACGCGGAACUUUGCGUGGUACGUCUGGGGGACGCGAUGGCCCUCGCCCAGUUCACGGGGUCAUUGAUCUGGAACCCCACGGGCAGAACGCUGUCCAUCACCAAGCAGGCGAGGGUUGGGGUGCCCGGUAUGAGCGCUGCGGCGCGCGCGGCCGUAGGCGCCGGCGUUGAGGACGGCGGCGGGCUCGACCCCGGCAUGAAACGGCAGUGCAUGGCCGGGCAGCGGCGGGAGGCCGAGGAAGCCCGCGCUAGGGCAGCGAGAGCGGUUGUACGGGAGGAAAAGGCCAGAGUCUUGGAGGAAAUGAAAGCGUGGCGAACGCACCCGCUUGGCGGGGGAGGGCUUGGUGCGGGUGGUGGUGUGGCGGAAGGGCUUGGGGGGAAGCUGGGUCAAGGGGUUCCGAAUCUUCGCGUUGUUAUGAUGGGGUUGUCGGGUUGGAGUGAAUGA